AUGAUAAGUGAAAAUAUUAAAAAAGCAAAAGUAUUAAAUGUUUUGGGUAGAACAGGAUCAGGUGGUCAAAUUACUCAAGUUAAAGUUGAAAUAUUAAAUGAAUCAAAUAAAAGAGUAUUAUUAAGAAAUGUUAAAGGACCAGUUAGAGAAGGUGAUAUUAUAGUAUUAUUAGAAUCAGAAAGAGAAGCAAGAAAAACAAGAUAA